CGGGGCCUACAGUUGGAAAGAACCCCUUCAUCGACUGCUUUCUUCUGGGGGUUGGGUGUGGUUUAAUGACAGGGAAGGAGAGCACCCAGUUCCUUUGGGAUCAAAGACUUGUUUUCCAAGUGGGAUUAAUUGUUCUUCCGGUCAAAACCAUUGGUUGCUGUGACCGCAAGGAUGAGCUCCUCAAAUUUCGUGCUCAGUGGAUCAUGAAUGCCAGCUUCCCAUGCAUGAUGGCCUUUUCUAUUCACCUUUUCUGACCUUUUGUAGGGUGAGUGAGACCCUCUACCCUUUUGCCGUAUAAAGAGGGUGGUGAGGAAGACGACUGAAGGAAGUCGCAACCUUUCUCCAUCGUUCAUCCAUGGGGAAGAGCAGCAGAGUCCUUCGCCCUCCAAACUCCUCCAUCGAUCCACUCCUUAGGUGCUCCUCCCCCUCCUCCUCCUCCUCGCCCUGUCAAAGUAUGGGGAGCGGUGGGAAGAGGCCGUACAAGGGGGUGAGGAGGAGAAGCUGGGGCUCCUGGGUCUCCGAGAUCAGAGCGCCGCAUCAGAAGACGAGGAUAUGGCUGGGAUCCUACUCCACGCCCGAGGCAGCCGCCAGGGCCUACGACGCCGCCCUCCUCUGCCUCAAGGGCUCCUCCGCCUCCUUCAACUUCCCCGCCUCCCUCCCCAGCCACCUUCCGGCCAGUGCCAUGUCUCCCAAGUCCAUCCAAAGAGUCGCCGCCGCCGCUGCCGCCGUCGUCGUCACCUCCCCUACGGCUAGCACGACCACCAGCCGGUCACCGUCUCCUCCCCCUCCUCCUUCUCCGUCGCUGGACGCCACCAACGAGGACCACCAGUCCACGAUGACGAGCUCGGCCACUUCGACGAGGAGCGGAGAGAUAGAUGAGCCGUGGAUCGAUCUCGGAGCCUUCCAGUCGCCACGGUGCAUGGAUCAUAUGAUCAACCCACUGAUCUCCUCUUGGCAGGAGUGCGAGGAGAUGGGAGACAUAAACCUAUGGAGCUUCUUCUAGAAGAUGGAGAUAGGUUCAUUGCUUGUUGCUUGUCUCAUCCACUGCAGCUGAGAUCAGGGGAAGCUGAGACUCGAGUACGAGCAGCGUGGAGAUAAAUGCAUACGAUUGCGUUCCAGUCACAGUAAUGUUGUAAGGUAAUAAAUAAACGGAGUAUUAGAGUUAUGUACUCAGCAUAUGGAAAUUUUUCUGAUGAGACAUUUAAUUGAACAAUAACAGAGUUUGGAGGAAUUCUUUAUGUACAAUGAGACCUGAGUGAGAGAGGUGAUAAUUUGGAAGCAGUUCUCUUCCUUCUCAAGAACUGGUUUGAUGCUAUGGAUUGGACAUAAAAAAGAAGAAGAGGACAUAAAUGAAAGUUGUGUUGUUUUCUCA